AUGGGACUUAUAUUGACAAGGACGGAUCUGUUUGUUAGUUUGUUUAAUUCGUGCCACAAUGCCAAAUCAUUGGUACAAUUACAUUCUCUAAUUCUCAAAACCGGCUUUGCCCAUCACAGCUUUUUUGCUACAAAGCUCAAUGUUCUGUGCGCGAAUUUCUAUUGAAAUUUUAUCGAUUAUGCGCACAAAGUGUUCGAUGAAACGCCUCAAAAAACUGUCUACCUCUAUAACGCCACGCUUAGGAGUUAUUGUAGAGAGAAACGAUGGGAGGAUACUUUUUAUCUCUUCAAUAACAUGAUUUUCAGUACUCGAGAAGAACCUGAUAAUUUUACUAUACCCAUUGUCUUAAAGGCGUGUGCAGGUUUGCGUACGCUUAAGCAUGGCAAAAUGGUACAUGGGUUUGUUGUGAAGAACGCGAGGAAUGCGGUUGACAUGUUUGUUGGUUCUAGGUUAAUCGAGUUCUACUCAAAAUGUGGGCAAAUGGGUUGUGCUUUGAAUGUUUUUAAAGGGUUCUCUGAACCAGAUAUUGUUUUAUGGACUUCAAUGGUUACUGGGUAUGAACAGAAUGGGUUUCCUGAAGAAGCUGUGAUGUUUUUUCAUCAAAUGGUGAUGGCUGAGAAUGUGAAUCCUGAUAGGGUGACACUUGUAAGCUUGAUUUCUGCUUGUGCACAGUUGAUGAGUUUUAAGAUUGGGAGGUGUGUGCAUGGUUUUGUGAUCAGGAAGGGGUUUGAUGUUAGUGACUUAAGUUUGUGUAACUCAUUGUUGAAUUUGUAUGCGAAGACGGGUUCUACAAGAAAUGCUUUUAAUUUGUUUCGGAAGAUGCCGGAGAAAGAUGUUAUAUCAGGGAGUUCAAUGAUUUCUUGCUAUGCUCAAAAUGGUGCUGCUGUUGAAGGCCUAAAGCUUUUCAAUGACAUGAUUGAGAAUAGAUUUGAACCCAAUGCAGUUACGGUUGUUAUUGCUUUACAAGCAUGUGCAGCUUCUUGUAAUUUAGAAGAGGGCAAUAAGAUUCAUGAACUGGCUGCUGAGAAAGGUUUUGAGUUACAAGUUUCCGUAUCCACAGCUUUAACUGAUAUGUACAUGAAAUGCUUUUCGCCUGAGGAAGCUGUUGAUGUUUUUCGUAGAAUGACAAAUAAAGAUGUGGUCUCUUGGGUUGCUUUGUUAGGUGGGUAUGCUCUAAAUGGAAUGGCUUACAUGUCAAUGAAAGUGUUCCGCGACAUGCUAUCAGAUGAUACUCAACCUGAUGCUAUUGCAAUGGUGAAGAUUCUUGCAUCCUGUUCAGAAUUAGGAGUUCUUCAGCAAGCUUUCUGCCUUCACGGUUAUGUAGUCAGAAAAGGAUUUGACAACAAUAUUUUUGUUGGGGCUUCACUCAUAGAGUUGUACUCAAAAUCUGGUAGCAUAGACAAUGCCAUAAAAAUAUUUGAAGGGAUAAGUUAUAAAGAUGAUGUUAUCUGGAGUGCUAUGAUUUCUGGUUAUGGACUUCAUGGGCGAGGAAGAGAAGCAUUAAAAGUUUUCCAUCAAAUGGCCAGGAGUCCUGUAGUUAGGCCUAACAGUGCUACUUUCCUCUCAAUUUUAUCUGCUUGUAGUUAUGCAGGUUUGGUUGAAGAGGGGAUUGGGAAUAUGAUGUUGCAUGAAUACCGACUGGGUCUUGAUUCGGAGCACUAUGGGAUAAUGGUUGAUCUUCUUGGCCGCAAGGGAGAGUUAUCCAUGGCCCUGGACAUUAUUAACCAAAUGCCAAUUCCAGCUGGGCCCCAUGUUUGGGGAGCCUUGCUUGGUGCCUGUAGGAUUCAUCACAAUAUCAAGAUUGGGGAGGUUGCAGCGAAGAAUCUGUUCCACUUAGAUCCUAAACGUGCUGGGUAUUACAUCCUGUUAUCAAAUAUAUAUGCUCUGGAUGAGAGAUGGGGUAGUGUGGCAAAGCUUAGAGCUGUAAUAAAGGAGAAGGGUUUUAAGAAGACUUUUGGGAAUAAUGUGGUUGAAGUUAAGAAUGAGGCCCAUAGAUUUGUCUAUGAUGAUAGACUCCACCCAGAGUGCAAGCAGAUUUAUGAAUUACCGAGACAGUUGGAGGUGAAAAUGAGAGAGGAGGUUUCAGUUUCUCUUUCUUUACAUUCUCAAGCAUCAUCCGUUGUCAUGUUUAACGGAUUGAAUUUCUCAGAAUGGAAGGAGCAAGUUCAUUUCAAUUUGGGAGUUUUAGAUUUGGACAUGGCUCUCGAUGAACAGAAACCUGCUGAUAUUACUGAUACCAACAUUGAUGAAGAGAAAUUCUAUCACAAAAAAUGGUAUAAGAACAAUCAGUGGAUACUUAUUGGUUAUCCAAAGAAAUCCAAAGGGUAUAGGUUUUACUGUCCUAACCAUAGUUGCAGAACUGUGGAAACUGGUAAUGCAAAAUUUCUUGAAAAUGAUGAGAUUAGUGGGAGUGAUGAACAACGGAAGAUAGAUAGCAGAGAGAUAAGGGUGGACACUCUCUUACCUAAAUCUACUAUGGAUGUUGUUCCUAUUGUAGAACGUUUCAACAAUAACGAACAACAAUUAAAUCAAGAAUCAUUCCAUGAAGAACCUAAUCCAUUAAGGUCUAACAAAGAAGUAUCACAAGAAUCAUCAUUAAAAAGGUCUCAAAGACAAAGAAGACCUACAAUUUCAGAUGAUUAUGUGAUUCACUUGCAAGAGUUAGAUUUUGACAUUGGAAUUAAUAAGGAUCCGGUUUCAUUUUCACAAGCCAUAAAUUGUAAUGAGUCUGAUAAGUGGAUUGAUGCCAUGAAUGAAGAGUUGAAAUCCAUGGAACAAAAUAAAGUUUGGGAUCUCGUUGAGUUGCCUAAAGGUCCAAAAAGAGUUAGUGUUUUUAAGACCAAACGCGAUUCAAAUGGCAACAUAGAAUGA